AUGUCCACCAGCUUUGAAAUUUCAUUAGCAACCCUCAGAAAUAGCUGCGUUGAUCUUUCCUCCCUCGGCACAGAAUGUAAAUUCCGCCUAGUGGACUGUGACCGCCUCCUGCACGACCAUAUGCUUCGAAUCAUCGAAUUCAACGACCUGCCUGACAUCGACUACUCGACAGUUUCAUACGUCUGGCGCGGAAACAAGAGCGACGCAUCACUUUCAGAACGAGGGACCUUUUCUGUGGCAGGCGCGGAAGACGGGGACCCCGUCGGCAUCGACGUCCUGAGGCAUGCCUGCACAGUUUCGUCCACGCUUGGGACCCGUUAUCUCUGGCUCGACAGGGUCUGCAUAAUCCAGAACAACAGCAACGACAAACACUGGCAGAUCCGCCGGAUGUAUCGCAUCUACAAGCAGUGCAAGACGUGCAUCGUGCUUCCCGGUGGCUUGGGCCGUCUCGUGCGUCUGGACGAGGAAACAGCCUGGAUCCAUCGAGGUUGGACGCUCCAGGAAGCCUUGGCCCCUGGAACGGUGGAGGUCUUGGUCGCGUGGAAAUCUGGAUCUGGUUCCUUCGUCGCUGCAGACUAUUUCGGCGGGAUAUCUGAAGUUGUCGCGGGGCAGUCUGCCAUAACGCCACUCAGAGAUCUGAUACAGGCCUCGGCGGUGGGAUAUCUGCUCUUCUCCGGAGGAUCCAUGCAAACCGACAAGUUCCCCGUCCAGGUGCGGAUAUUCGGCUCUUCGACACCCAAUGCGAGAGCUCUGGCUGGGCUACUGUCAGAAGAACUAGCUGGCGAUGAGGAGGUUCGCGACCACGCGAUUUGGAAGAGUGCGUUUCUGCGCGCGUCCUCAAGGCCCGUGGACAUGGUGUUUAGUAUCAUGGGCCUGUUUGGUGUUAGUCUGGAUACGCGAGCGUUUCACCAGGAUGAUCGUGCCGGAGCAACUAUUGCUCUUGCGCGUGAGAUCGUCAAUAGUGGACGUUGUGCAAGCUGGUUGGGAAUUGCUUUCCGAGUUCCGCCUUCUAAAGAGCUCUCUACCUUCCCGGUCUUUCCCGUGACAAGUGUGCAGGGUAGUGCGAUGAUACGGGUAGGGAAUGGGCGAUUUGAGGUCUCCGGGGUGGUUGACGAUGAGUAUCCAAAUACGCUGGGCUUGGGCACGGGGCUGCCUCGAGGGAAGAUAGAUGAUAGUGGUUAUCUGGUCUUCGCUGCCAGAAGUAUACCUGUGGCACAGGCACUCGCUCCAGCGGACAACAAGUCGCCUAGCGAGCGGCAGAUUCGCGCGAUCAAUAACACAAUCUGGGAAGAUGAGGAAAUAGAAAAAGACAAAAACAAUCCGUCUUCAUCUAUCACUCAUGCAGUGGUCCUCGGCUGGUUUGAUGAAUAUUACCCCGGCGCAACAGUAAUGGAUAACCCGGAAAAGAUCAAACUGAUGAUAAUUGAGGAGGAUGCGCCGGGUCAAUUUCAUUUGGUGACAUAUGGUGCCCUAGACUACCGACUGAGGAGUUGGGUCAAGACAUGGACUACUCGCCAGUUUUGUCUUGGUGGUCCUGCUCCGCUUCCUAGCCAGUUAAUGAACUUUAACAUUACUCGGUGCAGCUUGCGUGAACCACCAUCUCAUCGAGCCAUUCAAUCAACAUUAGCUCGUUGGGCUGCCCCCCAGGAGGCACUUGAGAGUUUGAUCUCGGAUAACGAUAAAGUACAGCAUUGA